UGAAACAUGUACAUGUAUGUUGUACUGUAAGGGCACUGCACUUUUCAUCGUAAACUGAAACUCAAACAUUACCGUGAUUACGUACCGAAACUUACUGUUCAAAACUGAUUUUUUAACCAAAUACUGGGUUCAGCAAUGUGAGGCACUUACAUAUAUAUAGACAUUUUAACCCCUCUUUCGAAUUUAAAAUUGAAAGGGGUGUGGAGUAUGAUUUUUUAAUUUGUAUUUACCCCCCACAAAAAGUUUAUAUAUAGAGUGAGAUGAAUGCGUGCACAUUUCAUAAGACUGCCUGUAAACAAACUUUUAAUAUGUUUUACGGCGUGACCGUGUUUGAGGGCGAAGCAAAAAAGUUUUGACAUUAGUAUCUAUAUCCAAAACAGGACAAAAACAACCCGAAGUUAGCACGCGGACGGAGCUGUAUCAAAGCAUCCUAAUUUUUGGACAUUUGAUCCACCUAUAUAUUGAACGCGGGAAAUAUAACGCAAUUGAUGUAAACAGUACAUUGUGACGUCAUAUUCAGCGUCGUUAUUUAGCAAAUUUACAAACAAAGCGUUUGAACCACAACAAAAAACAUGGCGUUAAUCGUGGAGUGAUUAUAUAUGAUUAAGAAAAUAAGAUUUACAUGCUUUUACGGAUUUUAUGUGUAACAUCUCAGAACGACGUGAACUAGGGUAGACGAUAUUCAAAAUGGAGGAAUACAUGUCCACGCGCUAAUAUUCGAAUCGACGCCAUUGGUACCAAACUUUUCAAGUUCCAUAGCUAAGGUCUUUAAUCAUCAGAAUUGAUUUCAAAGUGCAAAUGUCCUAAAUGUUAUCCAAACUACUGCGACCAGUUCUUUGCCAUUAUCCUCGUUACAAGGGCAGACAACUACUGUAUAGAAUGCUUACCAGUUCUAGUCAACCAGAUUCAAGAAAUCCUCUAAUAGGGGUGUGUCAGCUGACAUGUACAGCAGACAAGAGGCAGAAUUUCCAGACGGCUAAAUCACUUAUUGAACGGGCUUCUAGCAGAGGUGCAAAAAUGAUUUUUCUGCCAGAGGCAGCAGACUACAUUGGAGAGAGUAAAUCUCAAAGCAUUGAGUUAGCUGAGACGCUGGAAGGAGAAACCAUUUCCAAAUACCGAGAGCUAGCCCAGCGGGAAUCAGUGUGGUUGUCUGUGGGCGGAUUUCACCAGAAGAGUGAAGAAGAAAAAGACAGUCGAGUUUUAAACACUCAUGUGAUUAUUGACGAUCAGGGUCAAGUAAGAGACACUUACAGUAAGACACAUUUGUUUGACCUUGACCUAGAAGGUCGUGUCAGGCUUUGUGAAAGUGAUUACACAAUUCCAGGCAAGAGAGUUACUUCCCCUGUCAAGACAUCGGUUGGAAAUGUUGGAAUGGAAAUUUGUUAUGACCUGAGGUUCCCAGAGUUGUCAUUAGUUUUAGCUCAGCAAGGAGCAGAUAUCUUGACCUUUCCCUCAGCCUUCACAGUUACCACUGGAAUGGCACAUUGGGAGGUUUUACUUCGAAGUCGUGCAAUAGAGACCCAGUGUUAUGUAGUGGCAGCGGCACAGUCUGGUAAACACAACAGCAAACGGUCAUCGUAUGGACAUUCCAUGGUAAUAGAUCCCUGGGGCACCGUCAUAGCCCAAUGCAGUGAUGGAGUAGAUGUAUGUUUUGCUGAAAUCAAUUUGGAUUACAUCCAGAAAAUCCGAGAGGAGAUGCCGGUGACGAAACACAGAAGGCCGGACUUAUACGGAGUCCUACAGCACCACAGCAAAGGACAUAUCGAUGAGACGCCUCAUUAUCAGUUUGGCCAGCAUUCCGUGGGAUGUCAGCAGGUAUUCUACAAGACGGCUCUCAGCUUCGCCUUUGUUAACAUCAAACCAGUGCUGCCUGGUCAUGUUCUGGUGUCCUCUCUACGUCCGGCCAAACGUUUUAGUGACCUGACGCCAGCUGAGUUAGCCGAUUUAUCACUGUGUGUUCAGAAGGUGUGUGGAGCAGUGGAGAAGCACUUCUGUGGGACGUCGGUGACCAUCGCCAUACAGGACGGGCCAGACUCCGGCCAGACUGUAGAGCAUGUUCAUGUUCAUAUCUUGCCCCGGAAGCCAGGAGACCUUCCUAAUAAUGAUGAUAUUUAUCGAGAGCUAGCUCAUCACGAUAAAGAUAUCAAGUCGUCAGAGCGCCGCUCAGAAGAGGAAAUGAAUCGAGAGGCAGCAUCAUUGAGACCCUACUUCCUGUAGCGAGACUGUGAAGAAAACACCUAGUGGCUUUCAUCUGUGAUGUUAAAGUAGACUUUUAGCUAGUAUUACUGCUUCUUAGUAAUCAGAAAAGUACUGCAAAGCAGACGAUUUCUUUAUGUGUGUAUUUAUUAAAAUGAAAGAUGUUAUUACACAGAAAUAAAUGUAUUAAGAGAUA